UUCUCUCUCCCUUCUUUCUCUCUCUUCACUCCCUUCCCCGCAAACCCUAAUUCCUUCCCCUUCUUCCUCCUCCACCUUCCUCCUCCUCCAAACUGCCCCUCACAAUAAUAAUCAUUGUAAUUCCAAAUCUGCCCCUCGCGUCCUCUUCCUAGUCUCUGCACCCCACCGCGCCGGAUCCCAAAUCCUCCUCCGCUUCUACCUCUUGAACCACAAAACCAACGCUUUCUUUAGGCCACGUGUUAUUUGUUCCCAGAAGGACCUGCGCUUCGAGCACCAGCUGGGCGUUUUGGUAAAUUCCAAGCAUGGGGUUUCCAUCAAGCUUUCUGGUUCCGUUAAUUACUUUGCAAUGUACUCCGUUUCCGCCGCAAAGGUUUGGGUUUUUGCCGCAAAAUUGGAUUGCAGCGACGAUGGCGAUGCGGUGAAACUGAUGAGGUGUGCGGUGAUUGAGUGCUCCAGGCCUGUGUGGUCUGUUACCUUGUCGUUUGGGUUCUUGCUUCUUGGAGAAGAAAAUGGAGUUAGGGUUUUCAGUCUCAGGCGAAUCGCGAAAGGAAGGGUCAAGAAGGGGAAGAAUGUGUAUUCGAAGCCAACGAAUGGCGGGGAUCUGGUGAAGAGAGGAGGGAGACGAAUUAGCAGUGGUGGUGGUGAAGGGCUGGUGGAUUUAGCUUGCAAUGGUGAUUUGGAAGGGAGAAUUGAGAAACAUGGUGUUGCUGUGAAGCAGACAAAUGUUAAAUUAAAACAUGAUGACAGAGAUGGAGGUGCAUAUUUUGUGGCAUUGAAGCAAAAUGAUGUUGAAACAAAAUCCAUGACAAGAGCAGCAAUGCCUGUGAAAGCAAUUUCCAUUCAGGCUCUUUCGCAGAGAAUGUUUCUGAUUUUGGACUCGGACGGAGAUGUACACCUGCUAUCCCUGUCAAAUUCUGGCAUAGGUGUUGAUAUCACUGGUCGUGUUAGGCAACUGCCUCAUGUCAUGAAAGUGCAAAAUCUGGCAGUUCUUCCUGAUAUUUCUACAAUAUCACAGACUGUCUGGAUAUCAGAUGGAAGCCACUCUGUGCAUAUGUUCAGUGCAGUUGACAUGGAAAAUGCUUUAAAUGAAAUCGAUGGAAAUGAUGAGGACGAAAAGCAGAUUCAUCUCCCAGUUGUUCGAGUUCUUUUCUGUAGUGAGAAGGUCCAAGAUGUCACUUCUGUUGCUUCAAAUUCUGUUAUGAUUCUUGGACAAGGAGGCUUAUAUGCAUAUGCGAUUUCCUGAAGUUGCUUUCUAGUUAUCCUUUUAUCUUUUCCAGUGGAAAUCAAUGUUCCUGGCUCCCUUGAUGUUCUAAUGUGUUUCAUGGAGUAAAUGCUAUCUUUCAUAGUGCUCUGGCUGCCUCACCAGAUGUUGCAUCCUCAAGAUACUCGAGCUCUUGAAAGAUAGACAAGAUCAUGGGACUGAUUAAAAAUCUGUGGGGUUCUAAAUUCUGAAGUGGAGUUUCCCAACAGCUUUAAAGCCGUCUGUCCUGUGAGACAUAUCACAGAAACCUGAAAGAUUGAGGACUGAGCUGGUUUGAAUGAAUCCCAUCUUUUGGAGCUUGGCCGAAAUCAUGAUUUUCUGCCGGAGAACUGAGCAGGCUUCAAUAGGAAAAAGGGGGUACAGUCUUUGCAAUUGGAUUGUUCUGCAUGAUGAAAUAUUAGCUUCUCUCUAGCUAUGUCUGUAGUCCUUUUAUGAAAGAUAUUUUUGGUGGAGUUUGAGUUAUCUUUUUAAAAUUUUUUUUUUAUGUAAGGGUUAAUAAUAUAUAUGUUUGUCACCCUGUUGGAUAUGUUUCUUUGAUGAUUAUUAUGCCUUGUAUGGUACGUGUUUGUGAUGGA